AAUUUAUAAAAUUCUCUGUCACGUAUCGAUCUUGUUUUUUUUAACUAGGAAUAGUUACGCAGGCUUAAACGUCUCGAUGUGAUGAAUGGAGGUCUUGUCUAAAUUGCUCGCCCAUCCUACUCAAGCUUCUGAUUCUUCUUCUCCUCUACGUCCUCGUACUCUUAUUCCUUAAACUCUUCGACACGACACGUUACUCACGGACAAGGUCAAGGCCGUUGGCCUCUUUAUGCACUCCUUCCCCCAGCAUACGUUCAUCACCUUCAAUAUCAAAUAUAUUGGGAAAAAAACAGUCACUGCAUUCAGUCUAGACGAAAUGAUAUACUAGACUCUCUUUGUCCUUGAGAACCAAUUAUAUUUAUUGAAGCUGAUCUGCUUUACACUUAACAUAGUUUCUCUACAUCUUAUUUUUCAUAUAAAGAUAGAAGAAAAAUUUUUUAGAGAUAUUUUUGAUAAAUUGUAAUGCAGAGUUUGUAUUGUGGCUAGGUCAACGUUAAGUCAAGGCUGGUCGGUCAAUUACUUACCGUUACCGACAAAUCGGAGUAGAGUUGAUAAAGUCACAGAAGCACGUGCAUCAAAUAGUACUUUGGAGUCCAUAUUUUAAUUAUUUAUAAAUUAAAAUGGCAGAGAGUGAAAAUAAUAAACAAUCACGCCCGCAAUUUGGAAAUAGAGUACUAAAAAAAGAAGACAAUGUAUUUCAACAUAAUGCAUGGGACAAUGUUAAAUGGGAUGAUGAGCAACAAAAAUUAGCACAGGAAAAAGUAGCACAAAAUUCAGUAAUUACAGCUUCCGAAAAAGAACUUGAAUUGUAUGGAAUAGAGGCAAGUAAAAAUUGGGAUAAAUUUUAUGGAAUUCAUCAGAACAGAUUUUUCAAAGACAGACAUUGGUUAUUCACUGAAUUUCCUGAAUUAGCUCCGUACAAAGUAAAAGAUGAUCUCAGUGUACCUGAGAAGGUUGAAUCAGAAAGAAAAAAAGAAAAUACCGAUGAAAAAGAGUUGGAAGAAAAUUCAUUGACUGAACAAAGAAUUCUAGAAAUUGGCUGUGGAGUUGGGAAUACUAUUUUUCCAAUUCUUGCUUAUAAUUCAAAUCCAAAAGUUUAUUUGUACGGAUGUGAUUUUUCGUCUGUUGCUAUAGAUAUAUUAAAAACACAUAAAGAGUAUAAUGAAUCACGCUGUAAAGCAUUUGUGUUGGAUAUUAGUCAAGAUGACUGGGAUGUGCCUUUUGAACCCAAUAGUUUAGAUAUUGUCUUGUUGAUAUUUGUUCUUUCUGCGAUUAAACCAGACAAGCAAAUUCAUGUAGUCAAACAAAUUCAUCGUUAUUUAAAACCCGGAGGAUUAGUUCUUUUUAGAGAUUAUGGGAGAUAUGACUUGGCUCAACUGAGAUUCAAAAAAGGCCAAUGUCUUGGUGACAAUUUUUAUGCUAGAGGAGAUGGUACACAGGUUUAUUUUUUUACGCAAGAAAAUCUCCAGGGUUUAUUUGAAGGAUGUAAUUUCAAAGAAGAGCAAAAUAUUGUUGAUAGGCGAUUACAAGUCAAUCGUGGUAAACAAUUGAAAAUGUAUCGAGUUUGGAUUCAAGGAAAAUAUCGAAAAACUUUGGAAUAAUUUUUUAUAAAAAAU